AGGUGCUUUCCUCCCUCAGAUCUUUUCAUUCCCAGCUAACCAUUUUGGUUCAUAAGCUUCAGUUGCCUGUGGGUGAAAAAUGGCUGGACGAGUACAUGGAUGAAAGCUCCCGGCUCUGGGAAGCAUGUCAAGUCCUUAAAUCCGGCGCCGCCGGCAUGGAAAACUAUUACUCUGCUGCCGCCAAUAUCGAAUCCUCCCUCGAUAGUUUUCACCACCUUAGCCCUCAGCUCUCUCGUCAGGUAAUCCGAGCAAUAAGUGGUUGCCAAAGAGAAAUCUUAGCAUUGGAAGAGGAUAACAGGAGCAUGAUGGAAACAAGAAUUCAACCACUAUCACUAUGUUUCAAUGAUCAAAACACCUCCACGAUAUCAAAGUUCAAUGGGUUCAAUGGUUUUCGAGGGGUUCUUUCUGCAAUGAGGAGUAUUAGCUCAUUGCUUUUGAUGAUCUUGCUCUGUGGACUUGUAUAUUGUUGGCCUCCAUCAGGCUUUCUUCAAGGCGGCUACGAGGGGCAUCCUGUAUUUGGCUCAACUUUUAUGGUUUCAGUCACAAGAUUGCAGCAAAGAGUUGCAAAUGAGAUUGGCCAGAUUGAAGGGCAGCCGGGAAUUAUGCUUUAUGAGUUCCGGGAAGCGAAGACGGCCAUGGAAGAGCUUAAAGGUGUAAUGGAGAGAUUUUUGGAGUAUGAAGCUGAGGUUGAUAUACAAGAAACGAUUGAUAGGUUGAAGAGUUGCUUUGGGUCUUUGAGAUGUGGGGUGGAGACUAUGAUUGGGCAGCUUGAUGAUUUUUUUGAUGAAAUAGUUGAAUGGAGGAAGAAGCUUUUGGACAUGUGCACUAAUAGGUAGAGAAAGAAAGUC